UGACAGAACUUUUGAAGUUCUAAUUCUGAUUUCCGGUAAAGGUAAAACAUUAAAUGCAAUAAUUAAUAAUAUAUAAAUCAACAAGUAUAUAAUAACUAAUCAAAUCUUAGAUAUUUAUUAUGGCGAGUGGUUCUAAGAAAAGAAUUAUGGUGGAAACAAAAAAUCUAUCGAAAGAUCCUCCUCCUGGUAUAAGUGCAACACCUGAUGAAUCAAAUUGCAGAUAUUUUCACGUAGUAAUGGCUGGGCCAGCUGGUUCUCCGUAUGAAGGUGGAUUAUUUAAACUAGAAUUAUUUUUACCUGAAAAUUAUCCAAUGUCUCCACCCAAUGUAAGAUUUUUAACUAAAAUAUAUCAUCCAAAUAUAGAUAAACUAGGAAGAAUAUGUUUGGAUAUCCUCAAGGAUCAGUGGUCUCCUGCUCUACAAGUAAGAACAGUUUUGUUAUCAAUCCAAGCACUAUUAAGCAGUCCGAAUCCUGAUGAUCCUCUUGCAAAUGAUGUUGCCAACAUGUGGAAAAGCCGAGAACAAGAAGCUGUUCUCAAAGCGAAGGAAUGGACAAGACAAUAUGCUAUGGAAUAAUAUAGUGAAAAUGUCACAAGACUGACUGUGAUACUAUCUAUUAACAUGUUAACGUUAAAAUAAUAUAUUUUCAUUUAAUGUGAUCUUUGGAUAAUGUAUAAACUUGUAGCCUUAAAAUUUUGUAUCUGAUGUUUACAAAGUAAGUUAGUUUAGUUAUAGCUUUCAGAUUGAAAAAUCUCCCGGUUUCGUUUUUAAUUAAUGUGAACAUUUUCUGUAUUUUGGGAGUUUGACAGAAAAUUCGUAUUAAAUUUGUUUGGUGUAAAUUUUGAAGUACGAUUUGAUAAAAUUGAAUAUUCCACUUCAAUAGAUGAAAGAAUAGCAAUUAAUUUUGCUGAUCUGCUAAAUACAAAUUUAGAGAAUAUAAACUGAUUGUUUCUAGAGAUCUACUUGUGACUUUUUAUGAAUGCCAAAAUACAUAUUUUUAUUAUAGGGAAAUGUAAUACCAAAUAGUAAUAAAAAAUGGAAUUUUGAUAAA